UGUGAACUUAGAAACAACCAAAUAUGAGUAUAAUCUCUUAUUACAACGAGGAAGAAAAAGGAAAGGUUCUUGAGGACCUAACCUGGAAUGUGAAACAAAUACAAGAUGAUAUGUUGAAAGAGAUACUCACACUUAACUCAGGAACAGAGUAUCUCCAAAACUUCCUUCAUGGAAGCUCUGCUAUCUUCAAGAAGAAGUUGCCAGUAGUCACCUAUAAAGAUGUGAAACCUUUUUUUGAUCGUGUCGCCAAUGGAGAGUCAUCGGAUAUAAUAUCGGCCCUACCCCUUACAAAUUUCUUCAUGAGUUCGGGAACUUCGGGAGGAGCAAACAAAUUACUACCAUCGAACAACAAGUUUUUGGAUGGCUAUGCAUUCGUUAAUUAUCUUCUCGCGCACGUUAUAAGCAAGCAUGUGGAAGGUGUGGAGAAAGGAAAAGGGAUGGUAUUUCUCUUAACCGGGCACGAGACCAGAACCCCAGGUGGCUUACCCAUUGAGCCCGGAACAAGCUGGUACCUGAAGAGCGACUAUUUCAAGAAUCGACCAUCUAAUUGGUUUUACUCUUAUACAAGUCCUGAUGAAAUUAUGUUAGGGAGUGACCUCAAGCAAAACCUUUAUUGCCAUUUGCUAUGUGGUCUUGUCCAAAGAGACGAGGUCGUGAGAAUUAGUUCCACAUUCGCUUCAGGUAUGGUCCGAGUAAUCAAAGUUCUUGAAGAUUCUUGGAAGGAGCUGUGUUUGAAUAUCCGAUCAGGUUAUCUCAGCGAGUGGAUCACCGACUCUGGUUGUCGAAACGCUGUUUCUAUGGUUCUUGGAGGUCAGCCCCGUCCCAAUUUAUCAGACGAGAUUGAAAGUAUAUGCAGCCAAAAGUCUUGGAAAGGUAUAAUGAAAAAACUAUGGCCACAAACUAAAUACAUUGAAGCUAUUGUUACAGGUUCAAUGGUACAAUAUAUUCCUAUGUUGGAACAUUACUGCAGCGACCUGCCUGUUGUCUCAACAAUUUACGCUUCGUCCGAGUCAAUCUUCGGUAUUAAUACAUAUCCUUUGUGUAAGCCUGAAGAUAUCUCUUACACACUCAUGCCCAACAUAUCUUACUUUGAGUUUAUACCGAUGGAGGGAGACAAUGGUGAUGUUUUGGAUCUGGCAGACGUCAAACUCGGCUCUUCUUAUAAGUUACUGGUCACAAACUUAUGGGGUUUGUAUAGAAUGAGAAUCGGAGAUAUGGUAAAGGUGACUGGAUUCUACAACAAGGCACCUCAGUUUAGGUUUCUAGGAAGAGAGAACGCCUUGUUAAGCAUUGACACGGACCGGACAAAUGAAGAAUACUUGUUUAAGGCAAUAAAUCGAGCAAAGCUGGUUCUUGAGUCAUCAGAUCUAAGGCUUGUAGAUUUCACCAGCUAUGCUGAUAUCUCUAGUAGUGAUCCGGGUCACUAUGUGAUAUAUUGGGAAGUAAAUGUUAAAAACGAAGACAUGAAGAACCUCCAGUUCUAUAAGAAGACAUUCUUGGAAUGUUGUUCAGUAAUGGAGGAUUCAUUUGACGAUGAAUACAGGUACUGUCGGUCUAACGAAUUUGUCGGGCCUCUCGAGAUAAGAGUAGUGAACGAUGGGACAUUCGAUUCUCUUAUGAACUUGUCCAUCUCAAAGGGUACUUCGAUUACUCAAUACAAGACUCCAACAUGCAUCACAUCUGAAGAAGGCUUACAAGUAUUGGAGAUAAAUGUGGUUACUAAAUUCUUCAGUACUCUAAGUGCAUCUCAUUUUGCUUAAGCCCUGAUAUGGUCCAAGUACCUGUGGAGAAAUGUGUGUGUUUUAUUUGUAUUAUCUUGUUUUUUUUCUUACUAUCUUUUGAUUAUUUGCUUGUUGCUUUAUUAAUAGCAGAUUUGAUUUUGUAUGAAACUUAUGCUUUAAAAAUUCUUGAAUUAUUAUUUUUAGUUCUUACU